AUGACAUGUACUAGUGAUAGUGAUGUUGAAAUGGAAGAUAGCGAUACUCCGCCAAUGACACAACUUAGAGGGACGGAACUUCUAAGCAACUUUGAGUGUAAACUAUUAGAUGCUGGAAUUAGCGAGAGACACGAUGAAGGAAACAAAGACGAUUCUUUAGAACCAGGUAGAAGUCAUGGGGAGAGUUUGGACGAGGAUUCAAAUGAGAAUGCAGCCGAGAAUGCAACCGAGAAUCCGUUCAAAAACUCGGUCGAGGAUCUAGACGACGAUCCGGUCAAUAAGUCAGGCUCCAAGAAGGAAAAGAACAACCGUGAUUGUGAGAGGUUAAUCAUUAGAUUUUUGGAUGAAGAUCAAGGUUAUACCGAUCCACCAAAUCGUGGCGACAGAAUGACGGAUCAAGUACAUG